GGGAUCCAUCUAGCCACCAAUUGGACCUUCUCCUUUCGAGGAGCAAGGAUAAACUGCCCUCCGGCCACCGCCCGUUCCCUCCCGCACCUUAUCCUUCCCUGAUCCCCCGUACAAAAACCACUCCUUUCCCUCCAUGUGACCCACCCAACCCCAAGCACCGCAGCCGGCCACACUCCUUCCUCCUCCAGCGCCAAGAACUCGACAACCACCGGAGGUUCAGCCGAGCUCGACCGAUGGCGUCGCUCUCCGUGGCCACGCUCCCGCAGCUCGCCGGCGCGCCGGCGGCGGCGGCGGCGAAGAAGAGGUCCGGCGUGACGUACGUGGAGGGCAUGAACGCCUACAGCGGCCUCAAGGGGCUCAACAAGGUGACCAUGCUGGGCGUGCGCAAGAGCGCCGACUACAAGUUCGCCAGGAUCGUGGCGUCGCUCAGCCCCGCGGGGAAGAGGCGCGGGGGCUCGUUUGGCGCGCAGUGCAACGCCGCCGGGGAGAUCUUCCAGAUCGCCGUCGUCAUGAACGCGCUCACGCUCGUCGGCGUCGCCGUCGGCUUCGUGCUGCUCCGGGCCGAGGCGGCCUUCGAGGAGUCGGAGGAGUGAGUGAAACCCAACCCAACGCCGUGUGCCUGCCCUGACCAGCCGUUUCAGUUCAGUUCAGUUCAGGCUGCUGUUUGGCUGGCGCGUAAGCCGUGAUAUAUAAAACGUGAUGUAUGCUAUUUUACAUUUGGUUUUGUAUCAAUGACAAUCGAUUGAUGAA